GGCUAGCAUGAGGAAAAUGUAGUGAAGUCUUUUAAUACUUUUUACCUUCGUUCUAAAUGAGAGUAUUGUCAAUAUUAAGGAAGUUUCAACUCCAGAGAACGUGUAAAUUAAUGGCAGCAUCCCUGAGUACGUCCAAACCUACAGCAAAUGUUUAUCUGCAAGUUGUCGGAACAGAAACUGGCGACACAAGUCCAUCGUUAUAUCUCUUUGCUGAAUCUCAGAGAUAUCUUUUCAACUGUGGAGAGGGAACUCAGAGAUUAUGCUUUGAACACAAACUAAAACUCUCAAGGGUGAACAACCUUUUCUUCACGCGGAUAUGUUGGGAGUACAUUGGAGGUCUGCCUGGAGUUGCAAUGACAGUGAGGGACUUUGGAAAAUCAGACAUUCGUCUUCAUGGACCCAGCACCUUGUCUCAUUUCAUUCAUGCCACAAGAUUUUUCUUGCAUCAUGAAAACCUGAAGUUUGAUUGUGUUGGAUUCACAGGAACAGAUAAGGACAAGUAUGAAGACGAAAAUUUAACAAUAUGGCCAGUUCUUCUGAAUGAUGGUGCUUGGAAAUUAGGUGAUGAUUCUUCUCCUUCAAGUGAUGUGGAUGAUCUGCCAUCAGUUAAAAAAGCAAAGAUGGAUAGUCCUGAGACAUUAACUGCAGUCUGCUACAUCUGCCAGCUUUCCACUCUACCUGGGAAGCUUUUCCCCAAGAAAGCCAUUGAGCUUGGUGUACCAAAAGGACCCUUGUUCAGGGAUUUUGUUGCUGGAAAGAUUGUCACGCUAGAAGAUGGACGCAAGGUGCAUCCUGAGCAAGUCAUGGGACCUUCUCAGCCUGGCUCUGUUUUUCUCAUCAUUGAAUGUCCCACAGUGGCAUUUAUACCAUCAUUAGUCUCCAAUGAGCAGCUCAAAAAGUACUGGGAGGGAGGGCCAAACUUAACUCCUGUCAUUAUUGUACACUUGACACCAAUGGAUGUUUUCCAAAAUGAAGAAUAUAAAGAUUGGAUGAAAGGGUUUGGAGACAAGGUGUCCCAUUUGUUGAUUAACAAGCAUGUGUGUAUGGCACCCCUGGUGUUUCAGUCUCAAGGAACUGUUCAGUGUAAAUUACACACCAUUAAUCCAGAGAUUUUUCCCCUAUUGGAAACCAUGGACACACCUGAAAUAAAACAAGAUGCCUUACCAAGGAAUUGCUUUCCUGGGGAGAAUUUACUCAAGUUUUAUCUUCGAGAAGGUAAACAACAAGGGUUUGAUAGGUCUGAGGUACUACAAAAGUUAGAUGUGGACACAGUGAUGAAAGAAACUCAAGCACUCUUAAAUGAGCAAUCUAUAGAGUUGUUAUGUGAUAAAGGCUUUGAGAGAAGAAGUACUGAAGAGAAGGAAUCAUUAUCAGUAGCUGGUACUUCCAGAUCACUACCGACUAGCAGCUCCUUGGUGGCAAGUGACUUAAUCAGAAGUCCUCCUACAAAUAGACUUGCAGAAAGUAGGUAUAGGAAUGUUCUCAGAGAUACCUUGGACACUGUUGGAGUACCUCUAUCAGGCACUGAAAGAAGUGGUUUUACUUUGAGUGAAAUGAUUCAAAUGAAAGUAAAGAAAAGUGCAUGGGAAAUGCAACACAAGGAUUAUGAGGUAGUUUUCUUGGGAACUGGGGCAUCUAUUCCAUCAAAAUACAGAAAUGUCAGCUCUACAUUGAUCAAUAUGAGCGAGAGGGAUUCCAUACUCCUUGACUGUGGUGAAGGUACAUAUGGGCAGCUCUAUCGACAUUAUGGUAAAUAUGUGGACCGUGUACUGAGGCGACUCAAAUGUGUUUUCAUAUCUCACAUUCAUGCUGAUCAUCACUUGGGUCUUAUUCGUAUUUUAAAGAAAAGAGAAACAGUAGAUAUGGAGGGUGAUGUUCUGUUAAUCAUUGGUCCUGCCAAAAUAGGAAAAUGGUUGAAGGAGUACGACAGCUUCUGUGAGGAUAUUGAGUACAGGUUUGUGGACAGCAGGGACUUAACUGUAAAAGGCCUGUAUGAAGAUUACUGGUCUGUUACACAUCACUUAGAUGCAAAGGAGGUUUUAACAGUGCCUGUAGAUCACUGCCCACAGGCCUAUGGCUUGGUAUUGACACACAAACGAGGCUGGAAGAUUGUUUAUUCUGGUGAUACACGACCAUGCCUAGCACUGAUUAAGGCUGGAACAGAUGCUGAUCUCCUCAUUCAUGAAGCCACUCUUGAAGAUGAACUGAUGAUUGAAGCUCUAGAGAAAAAGCACAGUACAACUACUGAGGCAAUCGAAAGUGGAAUGAAGAUGGGUGCAAAGUUUAUCAUAUUGAAUCACUUUAGUCAACGUUAUCCUAAAAUCCCAGUGUUCAGUGAACAAUUUACAAGGUGUACAGGCAUUGCAUUUGAUCACAUGAAGGUUCACUCAAGCAAUUUUUCAAAACUGCCACAACUACUGGACCCACUCAAAACUGUGUUUGCAGAAGAAAUUGAUGGAAGGACAAAAAACAAACAAACAGAAGACCUUGAAUAAUGAAAGAAACAAUUUUUUUCUGCUUUAUUUCUUUGUUCACAUUAACUUUAAUGUAUUACUCUACGCAUUUUCUUCUAUUAGCUAAGUUCACAAUGGUUCCAAAGCUUCUUACUGAUAAAAAUAUUACAUUUGUAUUUUUAACCCUUUUCUAUAGAAAUUUUUCCAUAUUAAACUAACUUCCUUCCUUCUUUUUUGUAUUACAAACAAGUGUACUAAUUACAAAUUACAAACUUAGAAAACAUGGUACAAAAACCUUCAUGCUUUACAUGAGUUAGUGGAUUUGUCUUUGAAAACAGUUAAAAAUGAUGGAAAAUAAACAAACUAUCUAAUAAAUACUACUUAACAAUACAUAUCUAAUAUCUGUCUGUGUAAAAGCAUCCUGAUGUAAAUCUACUCUGACUUGCAGAGUAUUUCAGCUGAGACCAGCUCUCAGGAUGGUUACAAACUAAAAUUUAAUAGUAAAAAAAUAGGUACCAAUAGCUUUACUACACUUUUCAUUUGCAUGCAUUGAAAAAGCAAGCCUAAAUUUUUCAAAUAUAACAAAAAAAAGAAAAACUAAAACUACAGCAAUUGAAAGAAAGGUGAAGUCUUCUUAGCCAAGUCUUAACAACAGCUCAAAAUGUUUGAGGGUUGAUUACUGUCACACAUGUACAAAUACUGGAUCAGAUGUUAAUGAUAUCUUAGGUUAACUGUAUGGUGUAUGUCUGGAAGAAGUUGUUUGAUAUGAAGCAAUGUAUGACACAUCUGAUGUACAGAAAAUAUUUGUUGGCUUUCCCACAAUCAAUACAUAAAACAUUAUUUCACGGAAAUAAGUAUUUACAGCUUAAUGUACAUACUAAGCAUGCUAAUCUUGUGUAAUUAGAUAUCUCCUUCAUUAUUAGAGGUGUGUUCUACUCAUGGAGAAGUAUGAGACCAAAGAAAAGUGCAUCUAAAGCUAAUUAAUGUAAAUUUACAUCUCAUUAAUAGGUCAUAGAAUACAACAUCUGUUCUUUUAAGAGAACAAAAUGAAUUUUUCUUCAGUUCCCUACCUCACUCCACUUAUGAUACAAUAUUUUUCUAUCACCAGGACAAAAAUAAACUGUUGAA